UCCAAAGGACACAGAGGAGGAAAAGCAACAGUACUCAUAAGGAGCCAAGUGUGGACCGACCUGUUACGAUAUUAUUCUAUAAAGAAAACGCAAAGGAUUUUUUAUUAUCCAUAUUUAAUUCUGAUAUUAGAUACAUUUGUAUUACUUACGACCGUAAGAAUAGUCGGUUGUCGGGUUAUUGUUGAAUGAAGAGAGCGUGCAGAGGUUUCGAGAAGAAGCGGUGGAAGCAGGAGGCGCGCGCCGCUGUGGGGCUGAUGCGCGCGGCCUGUCCGUCAGCAGCGGCCCGCCAUGGCGGAGACCAAGAUCAUCUAUCAUCUCGAUGACCAGGAGACUCCCUAUCUCAUCAAACUACCCAUACCAGCCGAUAGCGUCACCCUCGCCGACUUCAAGAAUGUCAUUAAUAAACCCAACUACAAAUUUUUCUUCAAAUCCAUGGACGAUGAUUUCGGGGUGGUGAAGGAAGAGAUAUCUGAUGACAACGCUAAACUACCCUGCUUCAACGGACGUGUUGUGUCGUGGCUGGUGUCUGCAGACGGCUCUCAUGGUUCUGACGGUGGCUCUGUAUGCGCAGACGCUCAAGCCGAGCUGCCGCCCCCUCUGGAGAGGACAGGAGGCAUUGGAGACUCCAGACCCCCUUCCUUCCAUGCGAAUGCUGCUGGGAGUCAAAAUGACCUGGAAAAAGAUACAGAACGUGAAGUCGGUCCAUCGCUGCGGAGAGACAGAGAAAGAGAGAAAGAUAAAGAGAGGGAUAAAGAAAGGCCUCGUAGGAAGGACACGCAUGAUCAUGGAGGCAGGCUGAACGGUCACUCACGGCCGGAGCGCAGGCCAGACGCCGCUGGUUACGACAGCUCCUCAACACUGAUGAGCAGUGAGCUGGACACAACCAGUUUCUUUGACUCUGAGGAGGAUGACUCUGUUAGCAGGUUUAGCGGCUCUACGGAGCAGAGCACAUCAUCACGUCUGAUAAGACGCCAUCGACGCCGUAGACGGAAACCCAAAGCACCCAAGAUGGAUAGGUCCUCGUCCUUCAGCAGUAUAACUGACUCCACCAUGUCUCUGAACAUCAUAACUGUCACAUUAAACAUGGGUGAGUAUUUCUUUAAUUGGAGCAAAUUAAACUUGUGUUUCUGUAUGAAAUUGACUGUAUUUUCUCUUGAUAUAGAGAAGUAUAAUUUCCUUGGCAUUAGUAUAGUGGGUCAGAGUAAUGAGAGGGGUGAUGGAGGCAUCUACAUCGGCUCCAUCAUGAAGGGUGGCGCGGUAGCCUCAGAUGGGCGCAUUGAACCUGGUGACAUGCUUUUGCAGGUGAACGAUAUCAAUUUCGAGAAUAUGAGUAAUGACGAUGCAGUAAGGGUGUUGAGAGAAAUAGUCCAUAAACCCGGCCCCAUCACGCUGACUGUUGCAAAAUGUUGGGAUCCGAACCCUCGUAGCUGUUUCACCCUACCACGAAGUGAGCCGAUCCGUCCCAUAGACCCUGCUGCCUGGGUGUCUCACACAGCUGCAAUGACAGGAACGUACCCAGUGUACGGUAUGAGCCCUUCCAUGAGCACAAUCACCUCCACCAGCUCCUCCAUCACAAGCUCCAUUCCAGAGACUGAGCGGUUUGAGGAAUUCCACCUGUCCAUUCAUAGUGACAUGGCAGCCAUAGCCAAAGCCAUGGCGUCACCGGAGUCGGGAUUGGAGGUACGAGACAGAAUGUGGCUGAAGAUCACCAUCCCCAAUGCUUUCAUAGGUUCAGAUGUGGUAGAUUGGCUGUAUCAUCGCGUGGAGGGCUUCACUGACCGGCGGGAAGCACGCAAAUACGCCAGCAACCUGCUGAAAGCGGGUUACAUCCGCCAUACCGUUAACAAAAUCACCUUCUCUGAACAGUGCUAUUACAUCUUUGGUGAUCUCUGUGGCAACAUGGCCAGUCUCGCCUUGCAUGACCAUGACGGUUCUAGUGGGGCGUCUGACCAGGACACGCUUGCUCCGUUGCCCCACCCUGGGGUAGCCCCCUGGCCUUUGUCUUUUCCUUAUCAGUACCCCAUCCCUCAUCCGUACAAUCCCAACCCUGUACACGAUCCCAACUCCAGCUUUAUCGCAGGGGCAGCCAGUGCUGGCAGUCCACACAGUGAAGGCAGUCAUAGCAGUGGUUCGAAUCGCAGCGGAAGCAAAAAUGACACAAACGCAGCGGCUGGAGGGCAGGAGUCCGGAGCCAGAUCUGGCAGUGGAAGCGAGUCUGAAAAAAGAGACAAGGCUCCGAGCGAGCACUCCGCAGUGGCCGCUAGCGAACACAGCGUACGUAGCACACACACCAUCCGGAGCGUUCACAGUGCCCACUCUCACGCCCAGAGCCUGGUGUGUGGGCCGCCCGGCCUCCCACCCCAGCCACAGACACCCGUAACGGCGGCACCAGGCUCACCUCCUGGACGAGACUUGUCCUCAGUGCCGCCUGAACUCACAGCCUCACGCCAGUCUUUCCGCAUGGCCAUGGGAAACCCCAGUGAGUUCUUCGUUGAUGUCAUGUGAUCUCAACCCGUGCCCGACUCGCACACUGUGAAAUAAAGAACAAAAGAUCAGUGGAAGAUAAGAGUACUUUAAUGAAGAUGGUAAUGAGCGUCCAUCCUGUUUUUCCUUCUGUGUCCUGUGGCUUGUAGUUUCUUCAGUGAAGAAGACUGGAACAGAUGGAAGGCCUAUACAGUAUAUCCCAUGAUGCUCUCUGAGACAUGGGAUGCAGUAAGAGUGAAAGCUUGCUGGGUUUUGUGUACUUUUUAUGCAUUUUUACAUUUUGUCAACCUCAAGCUAAACCCCAUUUAGUUCAAAGAUGAGAGAAUAACCAAUAGAGGGAGUGAAGGCAUGAGAUUUGGGAUGAAGGUGUGAUUUUUGUAUCUUCUCCACAUGACUCAUCUUUUGCUUUUUAAAGGAUGUACGUAAAUAAUUUUUAAUGAUUAAAAAAAGACAAGCUAUCAAUAGAUAGAAAUGUACAAUUAUUUUAUAUUUAUGUCUGAUGUUUUAUUAUUUCUUCUAACAGUCAUGGGAAGUGAGUGAGAGAUGAAGAGUCGGCCUUGCUCUUUGAAACAAAAUGAAUUAUUCAAUAUGAUACAGGAUGUUCAAAUUAAAGACAACACGAAGUGAUUCAACUCAUUUUACUUUAGUUAUGUUACGCAUUACCAUGUAAAACUGAACUGUACAAAUAAAAAAAAUGUUCUUGGAUAUGAAAAGUGGACGUUAGAUGCCAAAAUGGAGCCAGCCCUAAAUAUGGGUUUGCCCGAUCACCACUCACAUUCUGAAAACCAGAAACCACCCACGUUUAAAUAGUUCAGCAAGUUUAACCCCAAAUUCAGCACUGGCAUUAAAUUAUUUCAUUAACUAAAUGCAAGAUUGUAGAAAUAACGUAUUUUUGCAUAUACAGUAUGUUGUAUGAUGUCUUUCAUUGUGAGAUGUCUAGUCCUGUCCUGUUAUAAUACUGCAUUACCCCUGCUGUAGUUCAGUAAGAGUAUAGGGGUUUGAAAUGGAUCUGGAAUUUUUUAUAUUUAUGAUCCAGCACGCACACGCCUGAAUGAAUACGAUGCACUAUAAUGUAAUUUACUCUCUCACUCCUCCCUGAACAACACAGUACUUAUUAUGUUAAUAUUUUGUCAUUAACUAUCAGCACUCUGUAUUCUUUGCAGUCGGUUUAUUUCUAUGUAAACCUUCCUUAUUAUCUCAGAUACAUUUAUUACAUUUUUAAUUACUGGAAACAGAUUAACAGUGUUAAAUGGUUCAAUUUAAUACUCAGUGUACACUGUUUUAUGAUGAAACAAAUUGUUUUAUUUAUAAAUAUAGUUUAUUGCCUAAAAAUGA